ACCUCGCAUAUUGCUGUCAUCUCUAAUGAACGGGCAUGUGGUGUGGUGCGUUUUGUUUACAACCCGAAUUGAUUUAAAAUAUUUUAUCUAAAAUGGAGGAGGUCCUUGAGAUGAUUGAGCUGGAGAACAUGCAGUGCAAUGUGUGCGGGGAGCAGACCUUCCAGGAGCGGGCGGGUUUCUACUACUGCGUGGAGUGCGGCACGCAGAAGGACCAUAUUCGGGCCGUGGACCUCACCGCCGACGAGACCUUCAACGAGAACCCGGGCGGGAGGUACGCCUCCAGGACAAUCCGCCAGCCGAAGGAGACUGCCAAGGCGGACGAUGACGAGAUCACCUCGUGGGAGUUCUACAACUACGUGCUGCGCGGCUUCCUGCAGGAGCUGCUCAACAUGGGCGCCAAGCCGGAGCUCAAGCUGAUGACCCUGCAGGUGUGGGCGGCCUACAUGGGCCGCAUGGAGGUGGCCUUCUGCCGGACCAACGAGAAUGGCCUGCCCAAGCUAAAUGUUCGGGCCCUUCACAGAGAUGCCCGCAUCAUCUACAACCGCAAACGGCUUAAGCUCAAGAGGGGCAAGAGGGCCAGAGCAGCAGGAGAUCCAAACGACGAUCGCGCCAAGUUCAGAUUGUGGAACAAAACCAAGCGCAAUCUCGACGCCUCGGGCUACAGCCAAGCGGGUGGUCCUUCGGAGUCCGAGGGCGAUCCGAGUCUCAACCUGCAGUGGUCCCUGUACGCCCGCAAGUCCCUGAAGCGCCAGAUGCCACUAAAGCACCUGGACAAGCACAGCAGGGAUAGUAAGAGCAGCAUGUCGUGCCACGAAUUGAGACCGAAGGCCAAAGAACUCCAAUAUUUUGACCGCAACAUGUUCUGUCUGAACAUCACAAAGCUGUACGUAGUCCUGGGCAUAGCCCUCAACAUGGUGGAGGACGAUAUACAAUUGACGGACUUGCUGCGGUUCAUCGAUGAGGAGCACCUGAGCAAACGUUGUUUACUCAACUAUCUGCCCGAAAAGGUAGCCGCCAAGGGCAAGGCGCUGUUCAAGGAUAUGGAAUUCGGCAACCACAAGGACAAGUGCACCUACAAGUUCCUGCGCCAGCACGUUGGGUAUAUGUCACGAUAUAUAAACCUGAGUCACUUCCAGAAACCGAAUCUGCACUCCCUUGCCGAGCGAUAUAUCCUAGAGCUGGGCCUGCCUUCUAGGCUGGUCAAGUACGUUGGUAGCCUGAUCGAUCUGUACCCGCCAUCGUUCUUCAACGCCAUGGGUCCUCACACUUACCCGCGCUACGAGGCCAGAACGAUGGCCUACAUCCUUUAUGCCAUGAAGUUGCUCUUCGGCUUGGACGAUGUCAAGGAGCAAACGAUUUCCGAAUCGGCAGCUAAGAUCAACGACCAUCUGUUGGAAGACAAGGGAUCUGAAGCUCCCCUGCUCUUUGUCUUCACCGAGUGGAUGCAGUUCGUGGACUUAAGGAAAGUUAUUGUCUCACAUUACAACCAAACUUUUGCUCAUCGCUUUGGAGUGGCCACCCAAAUUGGAAGGAAGGUGGAUGACAUCCUGGCCAAGGAGCGCAAAGAAAAGGAGCAGGGCUACAACUAUGACGAGGUGCAGGGAACGCCAGCGAUGCAGCGUCAGCACGAAAACUUGACCCACAUCAUUGAGACGAUGUUAAAGGAGCACUUCGGCGAGUCCAGCCAGGAAAGUGUGGAUAAGGUACACAUUGAAUUCCAGCCCAGCUUGACGCCCGCUCACUCUUACUUUAAGAGAAUCCUACUGCAAGCCUCGCGUCCGGAUGGUGCGGAUAUCAACUUGAGGAUUCCAGACUGCAUGCACGUGGAUCACGCGCAGCGAGACCUGGAUCCCUUUGUUUUGGAGACCAAAGAGCUAUCAAACCGCUUAUCCCAGCUCGGCCUUAGUUUGCGAGUAGAAGAGGUUGCCUGCCAGGAGGACUUCCAAAAUGUGGGACUCUUUCGCCCCCUGCAGCACAUUCGAAGUGUCAAACGUGAAUUCCGCGCCAAUACUGACAUUAAAACCGAGACGUGGCUUGGCGAGCUGAAGGUGAAGGAGAAACGGCCGGACUUUCGAUUCUUUCAGCCCACUGGAACCUAUGGAAUCCGGUAUCUGAACAGAAUAAACAAGCAUUAUGGGAGGCGUGAAAGACUGGAGGUAAACAAUCCCUAUUGGGAAAUUACCAAGACGCCCACUUACCUGCUUAAAGUGGACGACAAAGAGGUACUACUCGACACCCUAAGCUCGCUGCAAACAUUUGAGGAGGGGAACAUGGAGCCGUUGAAGGUUCCACUAGAUCUGCCCCGUCGUCAUCUGGAACGAAAGACGAUUUGCGAAGAUGCAGAGAAGGAAGAAGAGGGUGCCAGGAAAACGGACACAAAUGAAGAGCCGCUGAGCCCCGAGGAGCUACUGUUGCGUGUCUCAAACUUUGAUUGCUGGCUCCUGCACGGCUAUAUAUCCACGAUGCGGGAGUCCGACAAGCGGGAGCUGCGACAGCUUUUCCCUUGCUCCUUUCGCUGGCUCUUGGAGACCUGCGCCGCGACCAUCGGCGUUAGCUGGACAGUGCUCUAUGAGCAGCUGCUCAUCCUGGAGGUGAUGUUCCAUCACAGCAUCGGGGACUGGAGCAAUCACAGGGAACUCCUAUGCAUUCAACACACUAAUCAAAGGAAAGACAUCCGAACGUUGGCCAGGACAUACAAGGAAUUUUGGUAGAAAGUUGUUCAUAAAAAGCGAUAUUAAAUUAAACGUAAG